AUGGCUGAUGCCAAUAUCAAAAAAUCUACACCGUUGGCUGGAUUUGCGCUAUUCUUCCCGAGCGAAUACGGCCUCGUCUCAGCUGCGGGUGUAGCAAGAGAUAUGCUGCGAAGCUUCCCCAACGUGAGAAUAGGCCUGAUGGUCGGGAUCGGCGGUGGCGCUCCAAGUCUUAAGCAUGACAUCCGCCUUGGCGAUGUCGUCGUCAGCGUUCCUGGCCAUGGCGAAGGCGGUGUGUUCCAAUACGACUAUGGAAAAACCAUUCAGAACCAGAAAUUCGAAUACACAGGAUUCUUGAAUCAGCCACCGCGGUUCCUGCGUACAGCCGUUACCGGGCUUGGAGCCAAGCACGAAGUAGAUGGGCAUAAUAUCGAAGAUAUGAUAGACAACGUUCUCGGAACGAGAAAGCGACUACGGAAGAAGUACAAACGUCCAGACCGAAGCACCGACAGACUCUAUCUGAGCAGCGUUGUGCAUUCUCUAGACCCCGAAGCGAGCUGCGUAUAUAGAGGUGGCGAUGAUACAUCAAAGCUAGUGAUGCGGCGUGAACGGACAGAAGAGGAUGAUAACCCUACAAUUCACUACGGCCUAAUAGCUUCAGCAGAUAAGUUGAUGAAGGAUGCUACUAUACGGGAUAGCCUUGCCGCAGAAAGGGGUGUUUUGUGCUUCGAGAUGGAGGCUGCAGGGCUAAUGAACCACUUUCCUUGCCUUGUCAUCCGCGGUAUCUGCGACUAUUCAGACUCGCAUAAGAACAAGGAAUGGCAGGGGUAUGCAGCGAUGGCGGCCGCUGCCUACGCCAAAGAACUUCUGUGCGAAAUCCCCCGACCAAAGUCGAGGCUGAGAAGAAGAUUAGCGAGCACUGUGAUGAGAAUUGAGAAAAAGAUGGACGAAGGGGCCGCGAUAAAGCUUGAGAUAAGGCAAGAAGAGAGGGAAACUCGACAGGAUGAGAAGGAUAAUGAGUGCCUAAAAGACUUGCGCGCUACGGACCCCCGCACCGACAGAGAGCGUAUUAAGGAGACAAAGGGCGGCCUUUUUCGGGAUGCGUCUAGCUGGAUCCUUGACCACGACGACUUCCGGCGAUGGCGUGACUGCGAUGAAACUAGAUUACUCUGGAUUAAGGGUGACCCGGGUAAGGGCACAGACAAGAAACUUAACAACGCCACGGCUGUCCUGAGAGGCCUGGUCUACCUCCUCGCUGUCCAGCACCCACGGCUUAUCUCUCACAUCCGUGAAAGUUAUGACCAUGCUGGACCAAAGCUCUUUGAGGAUGUCAAUAGCUUUUAUACACUCUCAAAUGUGCUAGAGAGAAUGCUCCGCAACGAGAGUCUGUCAAGGACAUACAUUGUGAUUGAUGCGCUCGACGAGUGCACGACUGAUCGGGAAAUGCUCUUAAGGUUCAUAGUCGAGCACUCCGCAGUAUCUGACCGUGUUAAGUGGAUCGUGUCGAGCCGUAAUAGGCCCGAAAUCGAGCAGCACCUCAAGAUAGACGGCUCAGGCAUGAAUCUGAGUCUCGAGAUUACGAAAAACGCAGAACAGGUAUCUCGUGCUGUCGGCUCCUACAUUGACUUCAAGAUGGAAACACUGUCAUCGCUGCUAAGCGAUCAUAACCUGAGGAACCUAGUACGAGACACCCUACGCGAAAAGGCAAAUGGCACUUUCCUAUGGGCCGCCCUCGUCAUCAAGGAACUCGAGAAAGUGACAGCAACGCCCUGGCGUGUGCCGCAGGUAGUCGAGGAAGUGCCUUCUAACUUAAACGAGCUCUACGAUUUAAUGAUGGUCCAGAUUCAACAACUGAAGGACUGGGGGCUUUGUCAACUUGUGCUCUCGGCAGUUACCGUAGCGUAUCGUCCACUCCACCUCACUGAGCUGGCCAUUGUGUCCGGACUACCGAAGUAUAUCUCGGAGAAUCCGGAAGUUUACUUAGGCCAGGUCCAGUCAGUAGCCUUCUCUCAUGAUUCGAAGCUUAUAGCAUCUGGGUCCACUGAUGGGACUAUCAAGAUCUGGGAUGUGGCUACAGGCCAUGAGGCUCACAUGCUGGAGGGCCGUAGCAGCUGGGUCUGGUCAGUAGCCUUCUCUCAUGAUUCGAAGCUUAUAGCAUCCGGGUCCGAUGAUAAGACUAUCAAGAUCUGGGAUGUGGCUACAGGCCAUGAGGUUCACAUGCUGAAGGGCCAUAGGGGCUCGGUCCGGUCAGUAGCCUUCUCUCAUGGUUCAAAGCGUAUAGCAUCUGGGUCCACUGAUGGGACUAUCAAGAUCUGGGAUGUGGCUACAGGCCAUGAGGCUCACAUGCUGGAGGGCCAUAGCAGCUGGGUCCUGUCAGUAGCCUUCUCUCAUGAUUCGAAGCUUAUAGCAUCCGUGUCCAGUGAUAUGACUAUCAAGAUCUGGGAUGUGGCUACAGGCCAUGAGGUUCACAUGCUGAAGGGCCAUAGGGGCUCGGUCCGGUCAGUAGCCUUCUCUCAUGGUUCAAAGCGUAUAGCAUCUGGGUCCACUGAUGGGACUAUCAAGAUCUGGGAUGUGGCUACAGGCCAUGAGGCUCACAUGCUGGAGGGCCAUAGCAGCUGGGUCCUGUCAGUAGCCUUCUCUCAUGGUUCAAAGCGUAUAGCAUCUGGGUCCACUGAUGGGACUAUCAAGAUCUGGGAUGUGGCUACAGGCUAUGAGGCUCACAUGCUGAAGGGCCAUAGGGGCUCGGUCCGGUCAGUAGCCUUCUCUCAUGAUUCGAAGCUUAUAGCAUCUGGGUCCACUGAUGGGACUAUCAAGAUCUGGGAUGUGGCUACAGGCCAUGAGGCUCACAUGCUGGAGGGCCAUAGCAGCUGGGUCUGGUCAGUAGCCUUCUCUCAUGAUUCGAAGCUUUUAGCAUCCGGGUCCGGUGAUACGACUAUCAAGAUCUGGGAUGUAACUAUAGGCCAUGAGGUUCACAUGCUAAAGGGCCAUAGCCGCUCAGUCCAGUCGGUAGCCUUCUCUCAUGAUUCGAAGCUUAUAGCAUCUGGGUCUGAUGAUGCGACUAUCAAGAUCUGGGAUGUGGCUAUAGGCGAUGAUGCGACUAUCAAAAUCCGGGAUGUAGCUACAGGCCAUGAGGUUCACAUGCUAAAGGGCCAUAGCCUCUCGGUCCAGUCAGUAGUCUUCUCUCAUAAUUCGAAGCUUAUAGCAUCCGGGUCCAAUGAUGGGACUAUCAGGAUCUGGGAUGUGGCUACAGGCCAUGAGGUUCAUAUACUGAAGGGCCAUAGCGACUGGGUCCUAUCAGUAGCCUUCUCUCAUGAUUCGAAGCUUUUAGCAUCCGGGUCCGGUGAUACGACUAUCAAGAUCUGGGAUGUGGCUAUAGCAUCCGGGUCCGAUGAUGCGACUAUCAAGAUCCGGGAUGUAACUAUAGGCCAUGAGGUUCACAUGCUGAAGGGCCAUAGCGACUGGGUCCGGUCAGUAGCCUUCUCUCAUGAUUCGAAGCUUAUAGCAUCCGGGUCCGAUGAUAAGACUAUCAAGAUCUGGGAUGUGGCUACAGGCCAUGAGGUUCACAUGCUGAAGGGCCAUAGCGGCUGGGUCCGGUCAGUAGCCUUCUCUCAUGAUUCGAAGCUUAUAGCAUCCGGGUCCGAUGAUAAGACUAUCAAGAUCUGGGAUGUGGCUACAGGCCAUGAGGUUCACAUGCUCAACCCUGUCAUUGCAGACUGGGGCUCUAGCUCAAGAUAUGCCUCGCCAAGGCUAUGGACUUAG